AUAGAGAAUGUUUCGAAUUGAAGAAAGACAGUUCCUUUGAAACUGGGUAUAUCAAAACCUUUUCCAGCGAAUCUACUCAAACAACUCUUGCAAGCACUGAGGGUUGCUCAGGAUUCGGAUGUCCUGCAAUUACGUUAGGUUUUGCAGUGGGAAUCGCAGUAGCCGUUAUACUACUUAUUGCAGCAGUUUCAGUGUUUGUUAUUUACAAGAAAAAAAGAAGAAAAGAUGUUAAAAGUUCUAGUAACCAGGAAAGACACCCAAACAAAGAGACAGAUUCCAAAGGCCACAAAAGUGAAGGUUAUGAAGAGGAAAACAUCACACUCGUUCAGCAUGAAGAUACAUUUAAAGAUCUAAAUCAAGAAGUGAAUACGUUCCAUGAUCCACUCCACGCAGGUUAUUUUUCAAGAACAGGACAAAAACAUACUCCAUACAUUCCAAGUACCCACGAUUACAGUUUUACUCCUGAAGAGGAAAAUCCUGCAUUCCUUGAAUAUACAAGCAAAAGUAUCAGACUGCUCUCCUUUUCUGGGUUCUCACCGCAGGAAAUGGUUGAAAACUUAGCUAGUGCCGGCUUUUUCUAUGCAGGUUAUGAUUCCACAACAACUUGUUUUCAAUGUGGUUGUGAGAAGGAUGAUUGGAAGUUGGGAGAUGAUGCCAUUUUUGAACAUAAAGGGCUCAACAGCAGAUGCCCCUUUGUAAGAGACACAGAAAAUGCAAGGGGGAAACCAAAAUUUAGUGUAAAUAAAGAAACAUGAUGAAUUCACAUUCUGAACUAGGAAAAUAGUCUACCUAAAGAACACACAAUUGGAGAGAGAGAGAGAGAGAGAGAGAGAGAGAGAGAGAGAGAGAGAG